AAUGAUACCGUUUGUUGUUUCUGUGUAAACUACAGAGAAGUGAAUUUGUCAAGCAGUGAUGUUAUGCACGUGUUGUCUAUGACCAUGCAUGCGUAAUACACCAUUUUCGGUUGUUUUGUGCAGCUGUAUGAACGCAGAUCAUUUUAACAACAUUUCACAACGUUGUCCAAAAGUGCAAUAUAUGAAUAUGAAUUAUAGUUAUGUAGUUUGAAUAGUAACUAGAAAAUAUUAUGGUCACUAUUUGGUUUUACUUACACAAUAUUUAGGUUCGCGCAACAGCUUUAUGUUAAUACGGCUUGCCAUACACUCGGCCACGGUGGAGAGGGAGCGGUUACGCGGGCGCGCACAGUCUAUGAACGCGCACAGGUAGAUUUCGUUUAUCAGUGUUCAGGUAAACCUUGAAAUCACAGCCGCGGGAGUCACGGUGGCACAUUUAAAGGGGUAUUCACCAACAUGUCAGCCAGAUCAAGACCGGGUUAUUAUAGCCAGGAGGUGAACAAAACUGUUUGGGAGGUGCCGGAGAGAUACAGAGAUCUGAAACAGGUGGGGACGGGGGCAUAUGGUACGGUAUGCUAUUCGUUUGACCGGAGGACAAGGGCAAAGGUGGCCAUCAAGAAACUCCAUCGCCCCUUCCAGUCUGACCUGUUUGCCAAAAGAGCCUAUCGGGAGCUCAGGCUACUCAAACACAUGAAACACGAUAAUGUUAUUGGACUGCUGGAUGUUUUCACUGCAGACCUUUCUCUAGAACGUUUCCAUGACUUUUACUUGGUCAUGCCUUUCAUGGGUACUGAUCUAGGAAAGUUGAUGAAAAUGGAGAAACUAUCAGAGGACAGGGUCCAGUAUCUGGUCUACCAGAUUUUGAGAGGACUUAAAUACAUCCAUGCUGCUGGAAUCAUUCACAGGGAUCUCAAACCAGGCAAUCUGGCAAUAAAUGAGGAGUGUGAGCUUAAGAUCCUGGAUUUUGGUCUAGCACGGCAAGCAGACAGUGAAAUGACGGGCUAUGUUGUGACACGUUGGUACAGAGCGCCUGAGGUCAUUCUUAGCUGGAUGCAUUACACACAGACUGUGGACAUCUGGUCAGUCGGAUGCAUCAUGGCAGAGAUGCUGCUAGGGAAACCACUGUUUAAAGGAAAUGACCACCUGGAUCAGCUGAUGGAGAUCAUGAAGAUUACAGGGACGCCCACAAAAGAGUUCACAGCCAAACUACAGUCUGAAGAUGCUAGAAAUUAUGUAGCAAAGUUACCAAAACUUAGAAAGAAGGAUCUGCGGAUAUUAUUACCAAAUAUUAAUCCACAAGCGAUUAAUGUGUUAGACAGCAUGCUGCUCCUGGAUCCUGACAGUAGAAUAACAGCGGCACAGGGUCUGGCUCUUCCUUUCUUCUCUGAGUUUCGUGAACCAGACGAGGAGACCGAGGCCCCACCGUACGAUCAUUCUCUGGAUGAGGCAGAGCAGUCAGUGGAGCAGUGGAAAAAACUCACCUUCAGUGAAAUUCUGACCUUCCAUCCAGCACCAGCCGUGGCAGAAUCUAAAGAGACGGCUCUCUGAGACAUCAUCAAGUCUUUACAUUUUAUUUGUACCAUGUCACAUACAGACUUUGAACUAUUUUUGUGAGUGUACUGUUUAGUUUUAGCUUAUCAGCCCGUUGUGUGCUAAUUUCUGGCACAACUGAACUAUUAGCAGGCCUACAUCAUUCUGCAAUUUGAGUUAAUGCUGGCUGAUGACGUGCUUUGCUUGAAAAAAAUACUACUAAUGCAAAAUAAAUGUACUACAAUCAAAUACUUGCAAAGAUUUAUACUCAAAUCUUUGCAAGUGUGGCAUUGUAGUACCUUCCUUUUGUAUUAGUAGUAUUUUUUUUUCACGAAAAGCACGUCAUCAGCCAGCAUUAAUGCUGACAUAUCAUAAUUAAUUUCACUGAAAUACCACAGUAUAAAUAUUUGUAUGUUUGUAUAUUUUACAUUUAAUCCUGGAAUAGAAAAAACUCUCUUCAAGCACAAAGCCAAAUAUUUCAGUAUAUGCAAGAGUAUUAAUUUUACCUUUUAAAACAAUUUUUUAACCUGGCCACAGUCACAAAAAAUCCAUAAAAAUCAUGUUUUUAUGCAAAAGAAAAUGAUGUACAAUAAGCAUGUUUUUCGUUGAUUACAUGUUUGUUGUAUAUUUUUAAUUUAGGUUUACAAAAGAAGAUAGGAUUAAAAGACAAUUGGUACUUUUU